CUUUACGUAGCAUCGCAGCCCGCCCGCUAGACGGCGGCAACGCCACCAUCCCAAACUUCUUCCUCCUCUUUAGCACACUCGCCUCCCCUCAUAUAGCGCACUCAUGGCAGGCAGCGACGCAGACGCGGCCAUCCUGGCGCAGAUUCGGGCGCUGCAGGCGAGACUGUCCACGAAUGAUGAUGAGCUCGCGACUCCCUCAAGUCAGCCGUCUGGGAGCAGGACUGCUGCGCCGCCUUCAUCGUCUACUGCUGGAGUUCUCGUUCCAGAUAGCCCCACGCGAGUAGGUCAAGCCUCCUCGUCUCGCCCGCAGCAAGCCGGCCCCUCAUCCUCCUCCUCCGCGUACCUCGGCCCAGAGUACAUCUCCUCGCGCGUGCAAACCGGCGUCGAUGACCUGGUACGUCAAGCCAAAGCCGUCCCUCGCGCCCCUCGCCCGCGCCCACAAUGGUUCCUCAAUCACGCCGCCUCCCUACAAGCGCAAUCGCAACAAGCUCGCGAAGCCUCUUCUCAAUCCAAGUCCCUCUCCCGAGAUGAUCGCCUCGCCCUCAUGGAGUCUCUCGACCUAAAGCCAGGCCCUAUAGACUUCGGUACGGGCCAACACAAGGAAUACGAGCCUUACUCCGGGCAGAGGUUCAGUCGCGAUAAGAGAUGGAUUUCCCACGACGAGUUCCAGGAGAGCGUGAUGCACGGACGCUAUUUCCUCUCUCCGAGCCAGCUCUACUCCAUCCGUGUGCCCGCUCUAGGUAGGGCAAAGGGCGCAGAUGGCGACUACGAUGUGCCUGUCCCCGGGGACUUUGUCAUCAUUGUCACGAUUACGAGCGCGUCGGAGUCCAUCUUGCCCAAGCGAGACGAGGAGGAUCCCUUUGGUGAAGAGGGGAUGGUCUCCUCUCGCUUGGUGGACGAGGAGGAGUGGCUUACGGGCAAGCGCAAUGAGCAGGGUACGGACAGCGCCAAGACGUACCAGGCUAACAGACUCACGCAGCGCAAGGCUCAGAGGACGGCGCUGCGCUUCUUUGAUCUUCAGGAUCUGUCCGAUCGGCCCGAGGAUGAUGGCGAGGCGAGGGGCGACGAUCGGCUGAAGCUGAUGGUCAAAAAGGCGGAGCGACGGGACAAGGAUAUGGGAGAGUGGAUUGGCGGGUCGCGUGGGGCAUUUGAGAAGUUGGAGGCAGAGACGACUGGCGGAGCGGUCAUUGCCCUCAUCAACCCCAUUCUACUUGGUGACCGCAAGAAGAAGGCUGUGAAACCCGGACAGCAAGCUGAGAACGACACGCCGACCAACGAAGUGAUGACCAUCAUGCCUCGCGACGCCGAAUCUCUCUACAUCCUCGGUCGGUGCAAAGACUACGCAGAGUGCAGCGCGCAACGCAGCGAUGGCACAAAAUGUGGGAAAUUCGUCGACAGACGUCAACUCGUUGGCGGGGCAAGAGCGACUGCGUUGUGUUCCUGGCAUCUGGAUCAUGGAGCCUCGCGAGCGCACAAGGGGAGGCAGGAGCUGCAGAAUACUACCAGCUCCUUCUUUGGUGGUGGCGGGAUGGUGGGAUACGAUAGUCGGGGGAGUGCCCGCAAUAAGAGGGGCAGUGGUGGCGGCGGCUGGAGUCGCGGUGGGCGUAAAAGCUGGGAUCCACCGAAGCGCAAGGCCUUCUCAAGCGAGAUCAGCUACGGUUUCGACAGCUCGACGGCGCCUGGUCGACCGCAAUUCAUUCUCGACAAUACUGCCAGGCGGGGCGAAGAGAUCAAGCGGACCGACGAGCGUAGCCAGCUCUUCUGUGUGCGCGACGCGUACGGGCGUGAGAAGGAGGAGAAGGAGUUGCGCAAGCGUAAGCGUGAGGAGGAGGCUGCGGUGCUUCUGGAGUUGGAGAGGAAGAGGGCCGGAUAUGCGCCGAUUGUGCCGUCGCAGUCGCAGAGGAGCGCUGCGGGGGCUGAUGAUGGUGCCGAGACGGCUUUCAGCUUGCCAACGCACAGUACGGGAGCCCUAGCUAUUGCGGACGCCCAGCGCACGCUGAUGGAGCGAAAGGAGAAGGCGGCAAAGAAGGCUGCAGCCAUAGCUGGUAGUGGGCGCAGUGCCCGCCAUGCCGGACCGUUGCCUGACGCAGAAGGGGAUGACCCACUGUCGCAACCCUUCCCCUCCUUCGCCUCGUCACAACAAGGCUCACAACAGCGAUGGCGCCACUCCGCCUCGGCGAUCAAGUUGAUGGGCUUCGACCCGCUCUCUGACUCUCGAUCACGCCAGAAUCGCACCAGCGCCGCGUCCACGGCCACCGCUACGGGCAGGACGUCAAGCCUGUUGACGCGCCACUCGGCAACGAACGCUCAGCUGGGCGAGGCGAAGCUGAGCUUGAAGAGGCAAGACCGGAGGAAGAGCGGCGUACGGGCGCCGUCAGGGCAAGAAGCGAAGCAGCAAGGGGGAGGCAACGAUGACGAUGAUGGCUUGGAAAUUAUCUGACUUUGCUAAUGCAUUUGCCGGAAGACUAUCCGCGUUCUCGGCCUUCUA